AAGCCAGUGUGGUCGGAAGCGAGGAGAAAUGACAGCGCAGACAGAACAAUGGAUACACAAGACUUUCUACCUCUCGGCUCGGGUAUGGGGCCGCGGAAAAGGCCAAGGGGAGGGGGAAAUGUUCUCGGUGCGAGGCGAAUGUGCACGGGCGCCCAAACUUACUUCGUUCUCGUCACAGGACUUUCUCGCCUCGCGUCGAACGUAGAUGUCUGACGAGGACGUAGUGGAUGCCGGGAAUGACGCGCGCAGAAGAACAUCGGAGGACAGGGAGACCCGCCAAUCGUGAGCUCGUGGAGGGAAUGGUCUGUGCCUUAGCGACGGAGCGAACAUCAAAAGAAAGAAAAUAUCACUGAUAAGCAAAUGCAGGUGUUAUCACCGCUAAUUGUGUCAAACACGGAAUAAUAUAGUAUAGAGAACAAUGUUGUAUACAAUUGUCUUCUGCUGCACGUUCUGGAUGUAAGUGCGGAAUACGAUUUUACACUGAUGCACGUGUUGGUGCAGUUUUAAGACCGUGAACACUUUCAAGGCUGGCUGCCAGUGUUUAUUCGAUGCAAAGUGCAUUUAAAUUUGAUGUUUUCCAGACAGCACAUAAAAUGAAUCCUUCACGCAGUUUAUCGUUUGCCUUUGCGCUCUUGAAAUCCGUUAUGGCUUCGGAGUGAGGAGAUCAGUUUAGAUACAUCAUAAGACAACCAAAAAAAUUUUUUUUUAAAGCGAGAUCGUGGAAACGUUAUUCUCAAGGGAUUUACAUCAAUCGUGGUUUUUCCUGUUGCGACGGAGAGUUUCCAGUAUGGAAACAUCGUCACCAGCAGAAACUGAAAAAUGGCUAACGGAAAAUGGAACCGAGGAUUUCGAGAGGACGGAGGAGGAUUAUCACUUCAAAGCCAACGGCAUUGUCCGUCUGAGAGGUGCCCAGAACAGCUGGUGGUCGAACCGCAGCCGCCUAGAGAAAGGCCUGGUUUUGCUGGUCGGGUUUUGUGUUGCUCUCUGCAUCGCCCUCAUCAUCGCUCUUGCUGUCGUCAGUGGGAAAUCAGAUAACACCACUGUAGAGAAUGGAGAGAGCGGUUCACAGAAGCAGGAGGUUUGUACAUCCCUGGAGUGCAUCAUUGCAGCGGCGAGAGUGAGCACGUCCAUCGACUUCACUAAGGAUCCGUGCCAUGAUUUCUACAACUACGCGUGUGGUACCUGGAGAGAAAAGAAUGUCAUUCCAGAAGACAAGUCCAGCCUCACGACCUUUGUGCUUCUGCGAGAUGAGGUCGAGGUCAUUCUUAAAAACAUACUGGAAAACAACAGCACAUACAUGGAUCAUGAAGUGCUUCUAAAGCCCAAACAACUCUACAACUCUUGUAUGAACCUCGCCAAGCUGGAGGAGCGGGGUGAUAAGCCACUAAGAGAUUUCUUGAACCAGCUGGUUACGUGGCCUUUGCUGAAUGACACAAACUGGGAUGAGCAGCGUUUCAAUCUGACCGACCUGCUGGUGACCCUCAGUCUGUACAGCAAUCAUCCUCUCGUGUCCGUUAGCGUCAACCCUGACGUCAAGAACUCCUCCGCACGGAUUCUCUACAUUGAUCAGCCCGACUUCGUGCUGCCCGGCCGGAAGUACUACUUAGUCUCCCGUGACGACCCCUUCCUCAAGGCCUACGAGAAGCUGAUGAAGAGCAUCGCCUUGGAGCUUGGCGCCAACACCACCACAGUGACCAACAGCGUGAAGCAAGUGGUGGACUUCGAGAUUCAGCUCGCCAAUAUUAGUGUUCCAGAUGAGGACAGACGGGACAACGAAGCUCUAUACAACAAAUACACACUGCCGCAACUUGAAGCCAACUUCACAGGGGCCAUCCACUGGAAAGUCUACUUCCAGGGUAUAAUGAGUGAUGAAGAUAUACAGAUACCUCUGAGACCUGACGAAGUUGUUAUCAACAGAGCGCCAUUAUAUAUCUCACGACUUCUGGAACUGUUACGAUCUACCUCCAACAGGACCUUGGCAAACUACUUGGUUUGGCGGAUUGUCAGGAGCCGAGCAAUCACACUGAAUGAGCGCUACUUGGAAUUCUUUGCGGAAUUCGACAAGGUGGUUUCUGGGAUUGCUGUGCAACCAGCGCGCUUCCGCUCGUGCGCCUCAUACGUCACGGACGUCCUGGGUCUCGCCGUGGGUCACAUGUUUGUAAAGGAGGCCUUUGCUGAAGAUGCUAAGCAGGAGGUGGUGAACAUGAUCCGAGAGCUCAAGAAAGCCUUCAACGGUCUCCUCGACGAGUUGGACUGGAUGGAUGAUAACACGAAGAAACUGGCCAGAGAAAAGAAUGAAUUCAUCGACGACAAGAUUGGCUAUCCAGACGAGGUGCUAAAUACCACAUACUUGACGACAUUUUAUGAAAAUUACACUUACAAUCCAGAAAAGUACUUUGAGAAUGCCGUGAUGAACGCUAAGCAAGGAAUAAGAAAAUCGUUCAGACAGCUUCGUGAACCCGUCGAUCGCAGCCAAUGGACUUUGGCCCCCUCGACCGUGAAUGCGUUUUACAGUCCUCCUCGCAACCAAAUCAUGUUCCCUGCUGGAAUUCUUCAGCCGCCGUUCUACAGCAAGACCUAUCCGAAAUCCCUCAACUAUGGAGGCAUUGGCGUCGUCAUUGGUCACGAGAUCACCCACGGCUUUGAUGACAGAGGUCGCCAGUACGACAAGUUUGGGAAUCUGCAACAAUGGUGGGAUGAUGAAGCUAUCGGUAAAUUCAAGACCAGAGCCCAGUGCAUCAUCAAUCAGUAUGGAAACUUCACCGUGCCAGAAGCAGGCAUGAAAAUUAAUGGAGUGAACACACAAGGGGAGAACAUCGCAGACAACGGAGGACUAAAGCAGAGUUUUAGGGCUUAUAGAAACUGGGUUAAAGAACAAGGCAAAGAAGAACCUUUAUUGCCUGGACUGAAUUUUACUCACGAUCAGCUAUUCUUCAUUAACUUCGCGCAGAUCUGGUGCACCAAUAUGAGACGAGAAAACGCUAUUAAUCGCGUGCUGACAGGUGUUCACAGUCCUGGAGAGUUCAGGGUGAUCGGAACUCUCCAGAACUCGGAGGAGUUUGCAAAAGCUUUCCACUGCGCCAAGGGCACGACCACCAUGAACCCACAGAGCAAGUGUGUCGUCUGGUAGACGACUGAGACAGAAGUACGAUGGUAGAUCUUCUAGCAAUGUUCCUACACAUUCACAAGAUCCUCAAGGAGUGUUAACUCGGUGACAAUAAUCAAAGACUGUUUAUAAAGAGUAGUAUAUGUAUAUAUAUAAACGGGUAUGAAGAACUCAAUCUAAGAAGUGUUUUCGCAAAGUUUACUAUCUAUCGUUAGAGCACAGUAAAUGCGUAAAAAUGUAUGGUUACAAAUAAACUAUUAAUUGAAGAAAUGUUUAAAAAGUCGCUGAAAAAGAUUUGUCUUACAAAGUUUCAUGCUUGCAUUAGACAUAACCAAGAAAAAAAAACAUGUCGGUUUUAUGUCGCAGUUUUAUGUUUGUGUGAAUCUAAACAGAUAAUUUUAUAUAACCUGAAUGUGUCGCUAAUACGUCAAACGAUUUUUUUCUCCUUUUGAAGUAACUGCACCCGUCGAGGAGCUGUACUCGGCGGUUUGUAGUGAUUUACGGUUGACGCGAUUCUCGCUUGUACCCACCACUCUUAUCGCUCGUCAACACCAAAGACUAUUGAAAGUUUUUAUUUUUGUCAGGAAUGGUUUUCUCCCGACUUUAAUUUUUUUUUUUUUUUUUUUUAAUGAGCAUAGGUCUGGGAAGGUUGAAUGGCGUGUGGUAAAAUAAGGAAUUGCGAAAAUCGCAAUUGCGUUCUCUGGUAUUAUGUUUGUUGGAAGAAAAGUGCAAGUCAUUGAUGCUUUUUUGUCAAACGACCCAGCCCGGUACAGUUUUGCAAAGAAAAUCUUUCAAAUUGUUGAGUUUAAUUUACUUUGUAUCUAACACGUCGAAAACUUAAAGAAUUGUCUUACGUAACACCUAAGUAUUCUGCCACUAACCAAUUGUCUUGUACAGUCUCGUUAAAAAAACGGCAUUUUGAGUUACUUUCAAGAAGUAAUGGAACUUGUGUUGCAAAACUGCGACUUGCACAUUUGUUGUGUUACAAGACUGAUUUAUGGACCUGAACUCGUCACGGAGCAAACGACUAGAAUUACGAAAGAGUCCAUAACCAUACUUCUAUGCGUCCUGCAUGGUGUUGUACACUUAUUCUUAUAAUAACCACAAACUGCUUUGUACAAAACACACCAAAAAAACUUUUAGCCAGAUUCAUUAACAGGGUCAGGUGUGCCUCUGUUACCGUUGGCAUUUCCUAUAUUUUCUUCAAAUGUAGUUUGCUGAAUAUCGUCUAGCUCGACGUGGACAAAAGUGAAAGAAGAAGCUAGCGAUAAUGUCUAGGCUCAUCUUGGAUUUUUGGUUCAUCUUUAUUCGAUUUUCUGUCAUUUUAAAGGGCAUAUCAGUAGCUUCACAAUUUCAGAAGGAAACUGCAUAAUAAUUACACAACAAAAUCUGUCUUAUUUGAAAGCCAUUUUUUUUAAUUUGUUGAAGAAUACGGCGUUUCCAAUCAUAGUGAAGUGAUUUGUAUUUCUUUUGUUAUAAAUCACGAUCGUGUGAUUAUCUGUUUUUUGAUGGCAUUCGUGACUUUUGUUUCUUUCAUUUUCAAUUGCUUUGUGAAAGUUUUGUAUACAUAAAAAUCACAAGGAUUUAUAUAUUGAAUACUAAAAACUAUCAUCUACGUGUUA